GUGGCACUCUGGGAGAUCAUCCAGCUGUCCCACUCCUGGUGCCCAGGGGGAGUGAAGGACAAUUUCCCGCGCCUCCUUCUGACUCUGCUCUUCCAAGUUUUCAUCAGCACAGAGGAGAUGUCAGAGGAGGUCGAGACCUUCUGGAGGCGAUGCCGGGAGCAGCGCAGCCUUCCCCCCAACCCCAACAGGUUUGCAGUGCAGACUGUUAAAGCCCUGCUGCGCCAGCUUCUGGAUGAGGAUGUGUUGAUGGUGAUCGGUCGCAAGUGUGGCUGGGACAUGCUCCUCAAGGCUGACAGCCACCACUAUGCAGUGGGUCUGCUGGCCAGGGAGCUGUGCCGUGUCUCCCGCCCCUUCGGUCACCGCAUCGCCGUCAGCCUGCUCCCGCGGCUCAGCAGGGGAGACCCCCUGUCCUGCACUGCCUGA